GAGCUCUGAAGUUGGCUUAACUGAAAUUGUAGAGAAUAAGGCAUAAGAUCUGCAACCACGAAUGCAAUGAAUUUGAUGCAUAUUGCUACAAUUUUCUUAUCAUUGGUAGUACUCUCCUACCAGGAUUUUCCUUUCCGAAAUGUCUCUCUAUCAUGGGAUGAUCGUGUGGAUGAUUUGGUUUCAAGAUUGACCCUACAAGAACUCACCUUACAGAUGUCUAAAGGAGGUGCUGGUAUCAACGGUCCGGCACCUGCUAUAGAUAGACUUGGUAUUGGACCAUAUCAGUGGGAUACAGAAUGUCUACAUGGUGAUGUUGACCAGAAUGCUACAGCCUUUCCACAAUCCAUAGGUCUGGCAGCAGCUUGGAGUCGAGAUUUGAUAUAUUCUGUGGCUAAAGGUAUAUCACAAGCUGUAAGAGCAAACCAUAAUGCUUAUAUCAAAAAACAUUCCUAUAUUACCUAUUCUGGUGUCAGCUGUUUUGCACCAAUGAUUAAUAUCAUGAGAGAUCCACGAUGGGGCAGAAAUCAGGAAUCAUACGGUGAAGAUCCUCACCUAACUGGGAUAUUAUCAACUGGAUAUGUGAAAGGUUUACAAGGUGACCAUCCCAGAUAUGUUAGAGCUAGUGCAACUUGUAAACAUUUUAAUGUUCAUGGUGGUCCAGAAAAUAUUCCUGUAUCCAGAUUUUCUUUUGAUUCUAAGGUGACAAUGAGAGACUGGAGAACAACAUUUCUACCAGCCUUUAGACAUUGUCUUGGUGCCGAACCUUUAGCUGUUAUGUGUAGCUAUAACAGUAUUAACGGUAUCCCUGCUUGCGCCAAUGAUUAUCUGCUGACCAACAUACUUCGUAAUGAGUGGGGGUUUAAAGGUUAUGUUACCAGUGACGAAGAAGCUGUAGAAAACAUCAUUAAGUAUCAUCAUUAUUUUAACAAUUCGAUAGACUGUGCAGCAGCUGUAGCUAAUGCUGGUGUCUGUAUAGAAAUUUCUGGUUCAAGGGACAAAGAUGAAAUACUGAUGCAUAUACCACAAGCUGUAGCGGAAGGUAAACUUACCAUUGAUACACUAAGAGAGAGGGUAAAACAUUUGUAUUAUACAAGAAUGAGGUUAGGAGAAUUUGAUCCACCAGAAAUGAAUCCUUACAACUAUCUAACAACUAGUGUGAUAGAAGAUGAAGCUCAUAGAAAUUUAGCUCUAGAAGCCGCUAUGAAAUCCUUUGUUUUAUUGAAAAAUGAUGGACUGUUACCUUUUGCUCAGACGAAAUACAAGAAAAUUGCUAUCGUUGGACCUAUGUCUAAUAAUGCUGCUCUGUUAAAUGGGGACUAUGCAACAGCCGUAGACAGACAUUUUGUUACCACACCAUACGAAGCACUUGAUAUGUUAUCGUAUGAAACAAGUUAUGCUGAUGGUUGUAAUGAUACACAUUGUAUGCAGUAUAAUGCUGAUGAUGUUAAGUCUGCAGUAACUGAUGCUGAUGUUGUUUUUAUCUGUAUUGGAUUAGGUACACCUGUAGAAGCUGAGUAUAAUGAUCGUCCUGAUGUGGAACUUCCUGGUUAUCAGGCUCAGUUGAUUGAAGACUCUGUAAAAUAUAGUGGAUCAGCAAAAGUGGUUUUAAUAACUUUUAAUGCCGGACCAGUCAAUAUUACAUGGGCUGAUAUGAAUCCAAGAGUAUCAGCAAUUAUAGCUGCUUUCUAUCCAGGACAAGCUACUGGUAUUGGUUUAUUAAAUGCCAUGACUGAUCAUACUAUGCCUAAAUUCGGAAGAUUGCCCUACACAUGGUUUUAUUCUGCCGACCAGGUACCACCAAUAGUCAACUAUACAAUGGUAGACAGAACAUACAGAUAUACAACAAAACAACCAUUAUAUCCAUUUGGUUAUGGUUUAACUUAUGGUAUAUUUGUAUACAGUCAGCUCACAUAUAAACAAGAGAUAAAUGCUGGUGAUUCACAGAGUGGUCAGGUUAUGGUAGCUAAUCGUGCAGAGUUU